AUGCAAGCUGAGAUUAAUGCAUUGGUGGAAAAUAAGACUUGGACUCUGACUGAUUUGCCAAUAGGGAAAUCCCCUAUUGGAUGCAGAUGGGUUUAUAAGGUUAAGCACAAAGCAGAUGGCUCCAUAGAGAGGUAUAAAGCCAGGUUGGUGGCAAAAGGGUAUACACAACAGUCAGGUGUAGACUAUGUGGAAACCUUUUCCCCUGUAGCUAGAAUGACCACAAUUAGAGCCUUCUUGGCUGUGGCCAUUGCAAAAGAUUGGAACAUUCAACAGUUGGAUAUCAACAAUUCUUUUUUGCAUGGUGACCUGGAUGAAGAAGUCUAUAUGGCUAGCAGGCAGUGGAAUGCCAAGCUGACAAAGGCUCUGCAAGAUUAUGGCUUCAAACAAUCAGUAGCAGAUCCCUCCCUUUUCACUAUGACUCUAGAUUCUUGUUUUACUGCUAUCCUAGUCUAUGUGGAUGAUAUUCUGAUAGCAGGAACCAAUUCUGUGCACAUUGACAACUUAAAGCAAUUUCUAGACAAUUCUUUCAAGAUAAAAGACCUUGGUCAGAGGUUGAGCUCUUUAGAUGGAGAUUUACUGGAUAAACCAGAAACCAUUAGAAGACUGGUUGGGAGGCUUCUAUAUUUGACAAAUACAAGACCAGAUAUCUCCUUUGCUGUUCAGCACCUAAGUCAACAUGUUGAUAAGCCAAGAAACUCCCACUUGAUUGCAGCUCACAGAGUUCUAAGGUACCUCAAGGGUUCACCUGGCAAAGGAUUGUUUUAUCCAUCUAAAAGUUCUACCAAACUUCAGUGUUUCUCUGAUUCAGACUGGGCUUCUUGUGUUGAAACAAGGAAAUCCAUCACUGGUUAUUGUGUCUAUCUUGGACAGUCAUUGAUCUCAUGGAAAACCAAGAAGCAGGCAACAGUGUCAAGAUCUUCAUCCGAGGCUGAAUAUAGAGCCUUGGCAUCCACCACAUGUGAAAUCCAGUGGCUCUUAUAUCUCUUAGCAGAUUUACAGGUCAAUCUUUGA